GCUUCCUCCAGCACUUCCUUUAGUGAACUGAUGCAGAAUUUCCUCACACUCACUUGAUUACAUGAGAUUGUAGAGUAUGUGGCUUUAGCUGUGUACCCUCUACACUUGUCCAGUCUGGCAGUGAAAGAGUAAACCAGCGGUGCUAGAAGUGACUGCUCUGACAGGACUUGUCUUCUGUCCUCUGACGCCUAACAAGGGUCUCUACAGUCCCUGAGGUGAUAACAUUGUACAGGACCCUGCAAACAUCAACAGAUCAAAAUGAGGAAAAGUGAUACGCCUCUGUGUAAGCAGCAGUCUUCACCCUGCUUUGGGAAAGAAAUGCCACGGCUAUUCCCAAAAAUGUCUAUGUGUGAUGUGGAUGAGAGGGUCCGACUGAUGGCAGAGAAGGUGUAUGCCUCUGCCCUGAAAGAGGAAGACAGUAAGGAUGUUAUGGCAAUGUUUAACGUGCCCGAAGACUGUCCCAUCGGACUGCAUGAGGACAGGGAGAGGGCCCUGAAGAAGGAGCUGGCAGAGCAGCAGUCCCAGGAGUCUACAAAGAGGAAGAAGAAUUUCAUGUUGAAGCGCUCGCAGUCGGUAUCUUUGCAGAUACCUGUUCCUGGGGACUGGGCCAAGUCUAUGGGGUCUACAAUGUUCUCCCAAACCAUAACUGACUCUUCUCUACCAGAAGGCUCUCCAGAUUUCCAGAGAGUAACCAUCAGUGGAGAUUACUGUGCGGGGAUCACAGUUGAGGAUUAUGAGCAGGCAGCCCAAAGUCUCCUUGGGGCGAUGUUCAUCAGAGAAAAAUACUCCAGGUUGGCCUACCAUCGCUUCCCUAAGACCAUCGCACAGUUUCUCCGUAGUGCAAAGAAUGAGACAUGGCAGGAGGAGGAUGAAAUCUUGCCAGACAUCUGGCCCUGUCCUUGUGAAGGGGAGGACCCUUACUCCGUGGAGGGUAUUCCAGAGAACCUGAACUACGAGCUGCAGAUGAAGGAUGGCAUAGUUCAUGUUUACGACAACGCUGAGACCCUGAAACAAGAGCAGCCCCACAGACUACCUUACCCUGACCUUGAGACCUUUGCCAUAGACCUAAGCCAUGUCCUUGCAAUGAUAGCUGACGGCCCAACUAAGACCUACUGUCACAGGCGGCUGAACUUCUUGGCCUCUAAAUUCUACCUUCAUGAGAUGAUGAAUGAAAUGGCAGAGUUAAAGGAGCUGAAAUUAGUUCCACACAGAGACUUCUACAACGUCAGAAAGGUGGACACACACAUACACGCUGCAGCAUGCAUGAACCAGAAGCAUCUGCUGAAAUUCAUAAAAACCACUUACCAGACAGAGGCUGAUCGUGUGAUCUCGGAGAAGGGCGGUAAGAAGCUCACGCUCAAAGAGGUCUUCGACAACCUUCACAUGGACCCCUAUGACCUCACCGUGGACUCUCUGGAUGUGCAUGCUGGAAGACAAACAUUUCAUCGGUUUGACAAGUUUAACUCCAAAUACAAUCCCGUGGGAGCCAGUGAGCUGCGAGAGAUCUACUUGAAAACCGACAACUACAUCAAAGGAGAAUACUUUGCACGUCUCGUAAAGGAAGUUUCCAAAGACCUGGAGGAGAGUAAGUACCAGCAUGCUGAGCCACGUCUAUCCAUUUACGGCCGCUCUGCCAGUGAGUGGGAGAGCCUAGCAACUUGGUUCAUCCAGCACAAAGUCCACUCACCCAACAUGAGAUGGAUGAUCCAAGUUCCAAGGAUCUAUGACAUUUUCAGGUCAAAGAAAUUAGUGCCAAACUUUGCAAAGAUGCUGGAGAACGUCUUCCUCCCACUCUUCGAGGCUACGGUCAACCCACAAAAGCACAAAGCAAUACAUGUUUUCCUGAAAUAUGUAACAGGGUUUGACAGCGUGGAUGAUGAGUCCAAACACAGCGACCACAUUUUCACUUACAAAAGCCCAAAGCCAGAAGGUUGGACAACAGAUGACAACCCUCCAUACACCUACUAUCUGUUCUACAUGUAUGCCAACAUCAUGGUGCUCAACAACCUGCGCAAGGAGCGAGGACUGAACACGUUCCAAUUUCGCCCACACUGUGGGGAGGCUGGCUCCAUCACCCACCUGGUCUCUGCCUUCCUAACAGCUGACAACAUCUCCCAUGGACUCAACCUCAAAAAGAGUCCAGUGCUGCAGUACCUGUACUACCUUGCCCAGGUCCCUAUCGCCAUGUCCCCACUGAGCAACAACAGCCUGUUCCUGGAGUACUCCAAGAACCCUCUACGAGAGUUUCUACAGAAGGGCCUUUGUGUGUCGCUGUCAACUGAUGACCCCAUGCAGUUCCACUACACCAAGGAGGCCUUGAUGGAGGAGUACGCUAUUGCUGCCCAGCUGUGGAAGUUGAGCACCUGUGACUUGUGUGAGAUAGCCAGAAACAGUGUACUGCAGAGCGGACUUUCACAUCAGGAGAAGAAACACUUCAUUGGAUCCAACUACCUACAAGGUGGACCGGAAGGCAACGACAUUCGACGGACGAACGUGGCACAAAUCCGCAUGGCAUACCGGCAUGAGACACUGUGCAACGAGCUCAGUUUUCUAGUGGAUGCAGUAAAGGCGGAUGUUGGAACCAGUCCAACUGAAUGAUUGACCAAGGCAGCUCAAAUUGUGCCCUAUGAUGUUCUAUGAUGAAGGUGCAAAUGGAUUGUACUAAAAUGACACCCAGAUGGGAACAAACGUUCACUCCCUUGGUGCAGAAAUCGGUUACGGCCUACUUAAUGUAGAUAGAUCAAUACUUGAUUUUUAAACUGUGUUCAAUGCUGUCUCUUUAAAAUGUUCAAAUCACUGUGUGCCUCGUUUAACUGAGCUUUUGAUUGAUUCGUUUUUGUAGGAUGUUAAGUUAAGGUUGGUACUGCUUGUUGAACUUUUUCUGUCACUUGGAUAUAUGCAUGCUACAGAGGCAUUCUAUCUUGAAUGUAGGUCUAAAACUAGUAGUUCAUAGAUGCACCGAUUGGAAUUUCUUUGCAAUUUUUACCUGGGGUGACCUGCCUAUACCGAUUUUUGUCAGGUACUGAUUUUCUUUUUUUAAAGGACUAUAAUUAACAGCAAAACAAAAAGAUUUUUGUAACUUUUUUGUAAUUAAAUGUUACAUUU